CCCUGCCUUUCAUUACCGCUGACGUCCAUCUCCCUCCCUCUUUCUCUCACACUGGGUUUUUCGGGAGGCGAAGGGGGGGUUCCGUUUUCUAUGGUCUUCGCUCAAAAACACAUAUUUCCGGGGAUACAUAUCUGCGUGUUCAGCUGCUCAACCGCGCGACUUUGAAUUCACCGCUGAAGCAGUUGGAGCCAAACCGAAUGAGAGGUGCUAAGGGCGGACUGAGCUGAGAAGAAGAGCCAGAGACUGACUGGAAGGCUUCACAUCCGCCGCUUUCUUUCAGGUCAACCGCAAUCGGUUUCCCCAGGCUCCGUACAUCUCCUGCUUCUCGAAAUGUGUUCUCAGACGGUUCCUGCUUCUGUUUCCGUGACUAUUCCUCCAUGGGAGCCGCCGUUUUGACGUUUGUCACCCUGAAAAAUAUUCACUAGCCAACAGGAAAACAGAAACUCCCCCUUUUUUUCUCAACUCAACCCGCGGUGGUCGCACAGAGCCCACUGUUGUUUCUCUUCUUUUUUUAAAACCCUCAUCAGUUGCAUCGAUGGUCGAGUUUUAUUCGCCUUUCACAACAACACCGAUGCAGCUGGAAGUAAACCGAUUACCACCGGGAUUCUUUUAUUAACGAGCCAGCCAGUGUCCACCGAAAUGGUCCGAUAACGCCUGGGAAGGUUGGGGGAAAGUGUGAAGCUAAGAAGGGGUUCAGUCUGGGCUGUGAUUUCUUCAGAUGAGGCUAGCUUGGUACCAACCACAACACACAGUCAUGAGGUGGAUGUAGAUUUUUUGUACGCAUCAAUUAAAGCUGGAUCACUGUCUUGGUGAUCUGUGCUGCCUUCACGGACUAUGACAAUGAGGAUUGUAUGAGGCUGUUUUCUUCUGGAGUGACUGACAACCAGGAUAAUCUGAGGUGUGUUUUUAACCCAGUGUGAACACAAUCCUACAGCCCACUUAUUUAUUUUCUCUUGGACGAAGAGGCGCACUCAGGGACGAACAUGUCUUUACGCACGGCACUGCCUGGGAAAGAUCGGAACCCGGACCAUCAUACCUCCCUGUCGGCCAGCCGCUCAGAGAAGGGUACCGGCUGGUCGAGCCGCUCACUUGGUGCUCGAUGUCGUAACUCCAUCGCCUUGUGCUCAGAUGAGCAGCCGCACAUCGGAAACUACCGGCUGCUCAAAACCAUCGGCAAGGGCAACUUCGCCAAGGUCAAGCUGGCACGACACAUCCUGACCGGCAGAGAGGUUGCAAUAAAGAUCAUCGAUAAAACCCAACUUAACCCAACCAGCCUGCAGAAGCUGUUUCGAGAGGUACGCAUCAUGAAAACUCUGAACCAUCCCAACAUAGUGAAGUUGUUUGAGGUGAUUGAGACUGAGAAGACUCUUUACCUGAUUAUGGAGUACGCUAGCGGAGGCGAAGUGUUCGACUACCUCGUGGCUCACGGCAGAAUGAAGGAGAAGGAGGCCAGAGCCAAGUUCAGACAGAUUGUGUCUGCGGUGCACUACUGUCAUCGGAAGAACAUUGUUCACAGAGACUUGAAGGCGGAGAACUUGCUACUAGACGCCGACUCCAACAUCAAAAUAGCCGACUUUGGCUUCAGUAAUGAGUUCACUGCGGGCAGUAAACUGGACACCUUCUGCGGCUCCCCGCCUUACGCUGCCCCGGAGCUCUUCCAGGGGAAGAAGUACGACGGUCCAGAGGUGGACAUCUGGAGCCUGGGGGUCAUCCUAUACACACUGGUCAGCGGGUCCUUGCCGUUUGACGGACAGAACCUCAAGGAACUGCGGGAGCGUGUUUUGAGGGGGAAAUAUCGCGUGCCCUUCUACAUGUCUACAGACUGCGAGGGAAUCCUGCGCCGCUUCCUGGUCCUCAACCCUUCCAAACGCUGCUCGCUGGAUCAAAUAAUGAAAGACAAGUGGAUUAAUAUCGGCUUUGAAGGCGAGGAUCUAGUGCCCCACACAGAGCCUGAGGAGGACCUGAACAACACCAGCCGCAUCGAUGUGAUGGUAGGGAUGGGCUUCGCCAGAGAGGAGAUCAGAGACUCGCUGUCUACUCAGAAAUACAAUGAGGUCACGGCCACAUACCUGCUGCUGGGACGCAAGAACGACACGGAUGUCAGUGAGUCUCGCACGGCCAGCAGUCUGAGUCUAGCUCGAGUCCGACCCAGCACCAUCACCAACGGUACCAGCAAACACACCACCUCCUCCUCUGCUGCACCAUCCUCUUCCUCCUCUGCCCACAAGCCUCAGCGCAGCGCCUCCACCUACCACCGCCAGAGACGGCACUCUGACUUCUGUGGUCCAGCAGUUCCAGUGUCGACGCACCCCAAGCGGAGUCCUAGUGGUGUAGGCGAAGUGGCGGGGCUUAAGGAGGAGCGUCUGUCAAGCCGCAAGCCAAGCACGAGCACCAUUGGCUCUCGGAGCAUCCCGACCCCCUCCAGCCCCAUGGUCAGCUCGGCUCAUAACCCCAACAAAGCCGAGAUACCCGACCGGCGCAAGGAAGUCACCACAACCCCAAACAACAUUCCUGCCAGUGCCAUGACUCGAAGGAACACUUAUGUGUGUACAGACCGAUCCAGCACCGACAGGAACACACUGUUGCAAAAUGGCAAGGAAAACAGCUCCAUAUCCCACCGCCUGCCCCCCUCCUCCCCCUCCACCCACAGCAUCGCCGGGGCCUCCGGGGUCUCGUCCUCCACGCCCUCCUCCCGCCUCUCCAGGGGCUCCACGGUGAGGAGCACUUUCCACGGGGGGCAGAUCAGAGACCGCCGCCCUCCCUCCCAUGCUCCCCCUGCUUCCCCAAUGCCAUCCCAUGAUGCCAGCCCCCUGCCCCACACCAGGACCCGGACCACCUCCACCCUGCUCAGCAAACUCACCUCCAAGCUGACCCGCAGGGUCACUAUUGACCCUUCUAAACGUCAGAGCUCAAACAAGUCCAUGUCGGGCUGCACCCUCCCACAGGGGACAAAAACAGUUAACGAACCUGAGAGAAUCAGCAGAUCUCCGGUCACAAGUCGCCAUCUAUCUGGGCAUCAGAAGGCGGCAGAGCCCCGGACCCCCCGAAGCGGAUGGGAUGUGAGGGUGCGGAGCCCUCGGGACCCGGCCGAGGUGGUGCUGGCGCUGCGUGAGGCGGCACAGGGCUGCGGCUGCCAGGUGCACCUGGCAGGGCCCUUCCUGCUGUCCUGCACCCACGGAGCAGCCGGCGCCCGCGUGGCCUUCGAGGCCGAGGUCUGCCAGCUGCCCAGCGGGCUGGGCCAGAGCAGCGGGGUGAGGUUCAAGCGCCUGUGGGGGGCGCCGCUAGCCUUCAGAGACAUCGCCACCAAAGUGUCCAAAGAGCUGGAGCUCUGAGGGCGGCUGGAGGCGGGGCGGACCAAUCACAGACUGGACAGCUUGAUACAAGAGGAGGGAUGAAGAGGAAGGUCGCCUCCUCCUCUUCAUCCCUGGGCUCUGCCUCAUCUGAUGCAGCUAGAGAUGCCUCGCCUCCGCCAAAGACCCUCUUCCUCUGAUGCCACCAAUCACAGCCAGACCAACGGAUGCACGGACAGACCGCCAUCGGCAGACUUAUGGUGACCUUUGACAUUGGAGCUGUCAGUGACCUAUGACCCCUGCUUGAAACACACCUCCAUAUUAUGUGAGCCCAUGGAGUCUUUUUAUUUUUUAUCACAACUUCAUGUUUGAUGUAAGGAUGUUGCUGAGAAUGAUGGAGACUGAUUAUUGUUGACAUGUUAUUCCUAUUGUACCAUAUUUGUUGUCAUCAUUCCUUUUUAAAGAGCUGCUAUUUAAAGAGAUGUUUUAAUGUUUGUGUUUUAAGUUUAUCUUCCCUCUCUAAUGCUUUUUUUAAAUGGGCAGAAGUUAGACAUCUGUUGUCGGGAGCAGACGUGACAUUUCAGAAGUGAGGCCGCAGUCCCACCACCGGCCUCUAGAGGGAGACAUGCAGAAAUGCAGAGACUUGUGACGGAUUGAAUGAAGCGUCACAGCCUGUCUGCCCAUACUUUACUCCCAGUUAGUGCUCAGUUGGGAUUUGGAUGUUAGUUCCCCCCCUCUCUGGUCCAGUGCUGCCUCUCUGCCUGCCCCACUCUGAUGGAGCUGCUGACAGAGGAGCCGAGCAGGACCCCUCUGAAGUGUUGUUCUUGAUAAACUGAUCACUAUGCUCUGCCAUUUACAUAUAUUUUACUUUGCCCAAUGUUUUGUCCCAUGCUACCUUUAUUAACAAGCAAAACUCCUCUAGAAAAAUGUAAAAUGACACAACAUGUUUUUGGUUUAAAGUGCAAUGUGUGAUUGGUGUUCUUAUUACACAAGUAGGCACUGUUAUUGUUCUUAUUUGACCUACACAGGGGAAACCGAUAGUCACUUACAUUAUUUUCCACUCAGCAGGUUUAGUCAAUUUAGUUUAGAUAGGCAGGUUUUGAUCAGCCAAUCAGAAAGCAUUAUUCUGAGCCCAAUAUGUGCUAAUUUAAAGGUUAUUUAAAUGAAAUGCAGUCAUUUUUAAAUGUAACUAAUUAAUUGUCUACCCAUUAAAAAAAUUUUAAAAGAAAUUCCAUGCACAUAUCCUAAUGCUUUCACUGAGUGCCAAGACAACUAAUAAUAAUAAUUGUGAGCCACAAAUGGUUAAAACAUUUAUUAAUUACUGGUCAAAUAGCAUGGCUUUUUUCUUGACUGGUUCCAGUUUUUAUCUGUUGAGAUAGAACUGUUACAAAAAAAUCACUUUAAUUUUAAACAAAUCAUUCAGAAAGCCACCGCCAUAUCUUUCCUCAAAUGUAGUGCAAUACAGCCACACACCUGAGAACCCAUGGAAUAAGCCUCCACUCAACAGGGCUCCUUGUUUAAAAACUUGUUUUAUAUUGCUGAUAUGUUGUUCAAAUUCAUUGAGCACUUUUUUUUUGCCAGGAAUGCAUUGUACUGCAAUGUCUGUUUUUAUUCAUUUCACAUCGUCUCACACAUAUAAUGCCCAUGAUUGACAUUCUGAAUGUCUUUCUUCCUUGAUGCACGUUUUGGCAUCUCACUUCUCCCAGUGGAUCAGCUGCAGGGACAGCUUCAGGAUUCAGUGAUGUGACAAAGUCAGAUAAUGAAACUGAGGUAAAGAUAAAUCACUAUGGCCAUACAAAAAUUGUUUAGUUCUUAACCUCAGCCACGCUACAAACUAUAAACCUUCGUCGACCAAUCAGGCUGCAGCACUGAGAUCAAAUUCCAGUAUGACUGUACGAGAUGUUUGACUGUUAAUCAAUCAGUUUCCUGCCGAAAAUAAAUGAAAAGCAUGCAACGUGAUGAAGGUUUAAGAUAAGACCUUUGAAAAAUAAGAUGUUCUUUUAUAAAAACACUUUGCUACCAAGAUUCAACAAAAAUACACAGAGUGCUUCAUUGAUCAUACUCUCACACUGACGACUCCAAAACCCAAAGGUUGUUGUACUUGUAUUGUUGUUCUACAAUGCCAAGCAAUGGUAACUUGUACUUUUAAAGUAUGCAGCACCUAACAAAACACUGAUCAGUGACAGGAAGAGCUGGAGGAACAGCAGUUUGGAUCUUUACGGCUGUGAGGUCUACAGGAAUGUCAAAUGGGAGGUUGUAGCUGCAGCAGGUAUCCAUGACUGUCUGAAAAUGUGAAGCUGUGAUUUAGGGCUAGAUAUUUUAUUUUUCUUCUUUCUGGUCCAACUGGGCUUCACUCUGAACCUGUUCUGUAGAUGCAGUUAGAGCCGUGCUUUAAGGCUAGAGUUCUGUUGUAUAGUGUGUUUGAAGCCGUGCUGUUAUCAAGAAAACUUAACUAAUGGGCUGAAAUAUGGAAAGGAUCGACCUGCAAUCCUGCAUGUCUCCUAGGAAAUAAUGUGUGACACAAAAAUAAAGACUUUCAACCUC